AUGGCCAACGUCGAAGAAGAAGAGGAAAUAACAACAACAACAACAACGCUCACUACGCCCCCAAAAUGGGAGCAUAACAACAAUCGCAUGGAGGACGAUAUUACUCCAUUAACAUCAAUCGGAAAAGAGCAAAAUAAUAAUGCCCUGGAUGAGAAGGAUGAAAAUUCUUGUGUGCCAUCUCCCAUUACCUCUAGGUUUGGAGCUCAAGACGAAGCUAAUAAUGUGCCUAAAGAACACUGUCCCAUUCCGGUCUCAAGCAUCCAAGCACCUAGCACUCGACAAAACACAGAGCACAAUGAAGAUCCAACAAGAGAGGAUCUUUCCCAAUCGAGAUCUGUUCCUUCCAUUGUACCUAAACUUUCUUUAAGCAACUUAAAACAUCACACCUCUUCACCAGCGCUCAGGCCUAGCAGUGCAAACAAGAGUGUAAAUCGUUCCAUGGAAAAACAAAAUUCGGAACGCAUUCACAGAAACAUUUCACAAAGCCCUAAGAUUGACUCUUGCAAACGGCCCUCAACCAACAGAUCCAAACAAAGCGCUUCACCUGUAACACCAACCAGAAAUAAUCUUACUGUAUUUUCUCCAAAAAUUUACUAUUCCGCUAGCAGCUUGUUGUCGACCAAUAGAAGGUCUCAAUCAAGAGAACGGAUAGCAAAGCUCUUCACACCUCCAAGUUCAAAGAGUCGUUCAAGUGCAUUUUCCGACUUUACUGAUUAUGUAGAAAUUAAUAGAAAAUUGGAAUCCAUGGGUAUGAGAUUUACUGAUUCUGGAGAAAAAAAGAGCUUGGAAAACUUUGACGAAAACGCAAAGGACCAAAAAAUUUUACUCACUUCUCCAAGAUCAAUCGAGGCGUGCUUAAGAACUGGAAUAUCGCCAACCGAACUCAUUAAAAAAGAUGAAUCAGAAUUCUAUUCAAAAGGCGUACCUCCUGAUAUUGUGAAAAUGAGAUGGUCUCACUACGAAACAAGAAGAAAAGAAAAACUUCAUAUGGUUAGAGAAGAGAGACACAAAAUUGCAAUUCAGGAUUCUGAUGCUGGUGAUUGUGUGCUCAAUGGAAAUGAUGGACUCGAUGAAACAUUUGGAGUGCUUCUUGAAGAGCAAAAGAAAUAUGAACACCACUUCAAGAGCAACAAAUCCUACCUUGAACAUUUAAUCCAUUAUGAAAUUGAAUCAAAGAGAAAACAACAAGAGAAAGAGAAGAAACUUCAAGCAAGAGAGGAAAAAAUAGAAAUAGAAAAACAGAAACGACUUGAAAAACAGCAAGAAACCAUUCGGAAACGUGAUCAAAGCGAUUUGGAAAGGCAACAGGAAUUAGAAAAGCUCAGAAAUGAAAGACGAGCUAAAGAAAUAGAGCGCCAAAAAGAAGUGGAAGAACGAGAAAAUGCAAGAACACGACAGGUUGAAGAACGAUUUAGAGAACUCCAAGCGAAAACAGAUUUCAUGAAAAUGAGGAAAACAGAAAAAGUUAAGCAAGCCCUCAUGAGAGAUGAAGAAAUUCAAAAAGCCAAAGAGCAGAAUCUUCUUGAAAAACAAGAGAAUUUUGAAAAGAAGAUUAAGGAAAUUGAAAUGUUGAAAGACAAAACCUUGAGACAGACAAAGGAAAUGGCUCUGUUGAAAGAUUCUAAAAUUCGUGAAACGAAAAUGAAAAGUGAGAGAAUUGAGCAAGAACGAAUCUCCAAAGUUCUUGAAAAGAUCAAUACAAACGAAGAUCAGCUUAAAAAGUUUGAACAAGAGAAGGCGCUACUGAUGCACAAAAAGAAAAUUGAAGAGCAAAGCAAGGAGAUGCACAGAUUGGAUGUUAUUCAGAAAAACAAGGAAGAAAUGGAAAAAAAGGUUGAAAAAAUCAUUCUCAAGCAACAACAGGAAGAAUUGAUGAACUCUGAAAUGAUGGAAAAAGCUAAGAUUGAAGCGUUAAGAAAAAUGGAAGAGCAAAGGCUAAAAGAACUUGAAAAACAAGAGAGUGUGGAAAGAGCAAAGCGAAUCGAACAAUUCAAAAAACUACAAACGAUGACUCUUAUUGAGGAUAAAAAGAAAAAGGUAGAUCUUAUAGAAAAGGCAAAACAAGAAUUGCAAGAAAAAAAGCAGUUACAGCAAACUCUACUUAAAAGAAGCAGACAGCUUUUACAACGAAUUAAUCCAAAUACUGUUAAUGCUGAUGAAAUCAUAGAGACAAUCAUUUCACCACGCUCUCGUAAAUAA